AUGGAUGGUUAUAAGGAUCUUGAAGAAAAAUACAAGAAGGAACUCAAAGAAAGGCGAUUGCUGUACAAUCAACUUCAAGACCUGAAAGGUAAUAUUAGAGUCAACUUGAGAGUGAGGCCAUUACUUCCUGAAGAUGGGCAAACUGAAAAUUGCAUUGAAUGUAUUGACGACAAGGAGGUGAAAAUCUAUGACAAGGAGGCUAAAAAGUCAUACAAAUUCGAGUUUGAUAGUGUAUUCGGAACAGAUUCCACACAAGCUCAAGUAUUUGAAGAUGUCAAACCUUUGGCAACUUCUAUUUUGGAUGGAUAUAAUGUUUGUAUAUUUGCCUAUGGACAAACCGGUUCUGGUAAGACUUUUACCAUGGAAGGCCCUCCCAACAAUCGAGGAGUCAAUUACAACACUCUAGAUGAGGUAUUCUUUAUGAUUAAAGAGAGAAAAGGGGAAUAUAAUUAUGAAGUUGAAGUAGCGGUUAUGGAAAUUUAUAACGAAAACCUUCAUGAUCUGCUCACAAAGGAUAAGACCAAGCUUGAAAUUAUGCUCAGCAACAAGGUGACUAUUCCAGGCCUGACUAGGAUAAAAGUUAACUCCUCAGAUGACGUAAGGAAAGUGCUCUCUCAAGGUUAUGAAAACAGAGCGACUGGUAAUAACAACAUCAAUGCUCAUAGUUCCAGAUCUCAUUGCAUCGUCAGCGUUUUUGUUGAAGGAGUGAAUCUCUAUACUCAGCAAAAACUGUCUGGAAAGCUCCACUUGAUUGAUUUGGCUGGAAGUGAAAGACUAAAGAGAACUGAUGUUAAAGGUGACCGGUUGAAGGAGGCUCAAAACAUCAACAAGAGUUUGAGCGCUUUGGGAGACGUUAUUUCAUCUCUUUCAUCAAAGAAGAGCCACAUUCCAUACAGAAAUUCUAAGCUUACUUCCCUGCUUCAAGAUUCACUAGGCGGAAAUUCCAAGAUGCUCAUGUUCGUGAAUGUUAGCCCAACGGUUGAAAGCUGCCCAGAAACGCUGUGCUCCCUUGGGUUUGCUCAACGAGCACGAACAGUUGAAUUAGGAAAAGCCCAAAAGAAUAUUGUUUCUCAAGGCACGACAACAACUGCUUCUUCCAGUAAUAGCAAUAACUAG